AUGUUGGGCGCGAAUCAAGGGUCUCUAGGAAUGGAAGGCGACAUCCAUUCCGCAGUUGUCUGUGACGUUGAGACGACUGCUCCAACGUUAGGCAACGAACCAUCUGGUGACGUCUCCAACAGUCCAUUCAGCGACAGAUCACCCACUGUACCGCUCGAGCACUGCCAAAACGCUCUUUUCUUCUCUUUAUUUGAACACAGCACCAAAGUGUACUUCCAGGAAUGGGCCCCCCUCUUCCCUAUGUUACACGAACCCACAUUUCGGAAACUUCUUGGCAACUCUAUCUCCGGCCCCGAGAUAGAUUAUCUUUGCGACGAGCUCGCUCAGAUCUACCUUGUUAUCGACAUUGCCGGUCUAUCAUCCAAUGUCGCGGACCCCGAACAAUUCCCUAUGGUCACACAAAUAUGGAGAGACGCACUCAGCUCAAGUUUUUCUCACAAGAGCAUUCAUGCUCUCCAAUCCUUGACUCUUGCAACUCUUUGUUGCAUCAUACGUGCAGAGCGUGAUGGAGCUAUACACUACAGAAACAAGGCCAUUUGUCUUUCCAACCUUUUGGAACUUCACCGAGACUGUGCCCACGACCUUAAUGGACCACUCUCAACUCUUACUCUUGAGAUGAACAAGAGGGUCUUCUGGACCCUCUACACGCUAGACUGCUUUUGCGCGGCUACGUUUAGCUUGCCAACGAUGCUGAAGACUACGGAUGUUACUGCCAGCUAUCCUUCCGAUAUUGACGACGAAUAUAUCAUUGAGAAUGGGGUUUCGCCUAGGCCUCAUGACCCAAACACUCGAAUGUCUCGGGCGCUGGCCUUGUUCAAGGCAGCUCGUGUACUCGGCGAACUCCUUGACCUGACGUGGACCACGUUUGCUCUUCCCCAAUUGCGAGAUCAGCAAACGGAGCCUCUCCAAAACAAACUCGACGUAUGGUAUGCCCAGCUGCCAUAUCACUUAUCGCUUGAGGCUGUGGUGGGGAAACCUCUUAAAUAUAUCAUAUGCAGUCACCCAUAUCUCAUGGUACGUUAA